CAAAAUGCUUUGUUGAUGCCAGAGGUCAGAGAAAGGCGGACUGUUUCCAGCUGGCAGGAAGGCACCAGUAACUCAAACAACUACUCGUUACAGUCAAGGUACACAGAAGAGCAUCUCUCAGUGGGUAUAACGUGGACCCUUAAAGCAGAUGGGCUGCAGCAGCACAAAACCACACCUGGCGUUACUUUAGUCAGGAACAGGAAACUGAGGUCAAGUUCACCAAAAUUAGGAGAUUGGAUAAAUGUUGGCUGGCCUGAUGAUGCGAUACUCAGAUGGUGUGCGUCUCACAUGUUGAGAAAGAAGCUUCCCUUCCUGCACAGUCUCCUCUCACCGGUUUCCAGACAUGUCGGUCACCUCGCAGGACAUCAGUAUGAUGUCAUCGUGGUGGGCGGGGGUCACGCAGGGACCGAGGCAGCGGCGGCAGCAGCCAGAGUUGGGGCUGAAACACUCCUCAUCACGCAGAAAAUUCACACCAUCGGUGCUCUGUCCUGUAACCCCUCUCUGGGAGGAGUAGGGAAGGGCCAGCUCGUGAAGGAGGUUGAUGCUCUGGAUGGGCUGUGUGGUCGGGCAGGGGACUGGGCUGGGAUUCAUUUUUCCAUCCUGAAUCGUAGAAAAGGGCCUGCCGUGUGGGGUCCGAGAGCCCAGCUGGACCGUCAGCGCUACCGAGACUUCAUUCAGUCCGAGCUGCUGUCCACUCCCAGGCUGACCGUGUUGGAGGGCUCAGUGGAGGAGCUGUUGGUAACAGAACCAAACCCAGAGGAGCCCGGGCACCACAGAGUCACCGGGAUACGUUUGGCUAAUGGCAGCCAUGCGAUCUCAGCCAGAUCAGUGGUUCUUACCACUGGUACGUUCCUGUCUGGCUCCCUCUUUGUGGGUCAAACUACCUCCCCCGGGGGUCGGAUUGGAGACGCUCCAUCGAGCCCUGGGCUGUCCCAUACGCUGAGGGAGAGGCUGGGGCUAAGGACAGGCAGACUGAGGACUGGUACCCCUCCCAGGAUUGUGAAGGACUCAGUAGACCUUUCUUUGGCUAAGCUUCACCUCCCCGACAGUCACCCGACUCCUUUCAGCUUCCUCAAUACCCACACCCACUGCAAGCCAGAAGAGCAGCUGCCUUGCUACCUCACCUUUACUACACCGGGUGUGGAGAGAGUGGUGAGGGAGAGUCUUCAACUAAACUGUCACAUACAGCAAGACACCAAAGGUCCCAGGUACUGCCCCUCCAUCGAGUCGCGAGUGCUGCGCUUUCCAGGCCGAAGCCACCAGGUGUGGCUGGAGCCCGAGGGCGUGACCUCUGACCUCCUGUACCCACAGGGUCUGUCCAUGACAAUGCCCCCUGACAUACAGCUACGCCUCAUCAGAGAAAUCCCUCCCAUGCGCAGAGCUGAGAUCCACACGCCAGGUUAUGGCGUGCAGUACGACUUUGUGUGUCCCACUCAGCUGAGCCCGGCGCUGCAGGUGAAGAGCACUCAAGGUCUGUUUCUGGCCGGUCAGAUCAAUGGCACCACGGGGUACGAGGAGGCUGCCGCACAGGGUUUGUGGGCGGGAGCAAACGCUGCCCGCUGGGCGCUCUCCAUGCCCACAGUGACGCUGUCUCGAACAGAGAGCUAUAUCGGAGUUCUCAUUGACGACCUGGUGAGUCGAGGCGUGACAGAGCCUUACCGCAUGUUCACCAGCCGGGCCGAGUUUCGAACUUCUCUAAGGCCGGACAACGCCGACCUCCGCCUGACCCCGAAGGGCUUUGAGGAGGUGGGAUGUGUGUCUUCCGUGCGCUACCAGGAGUCUUUAAGAGUGAGGAACAGCCUCCAGGAUGCACUGACAGCCCUUCAGGCUCUCUUUCUGUCUACCUCGAGCUGGAAGAAGAAGCUUCCCAGUGUUCCCAUCAGUGAGACCAAGAGCACCUUACUGACUGGCUUAGAUCUUCUUCAGUACAACGACGUGACCUUUGAAAUGCUGGCAUCUGCCUUCCCCGAGAGCCUUUCGUCUUAUAUGGAAUUUGCACAGAGACUUAAGAUAGAAGCUGUGUACAAGCCUCACUGCGACUUAAACAAGAAAGAGAUCGAGAGAAUUCAGAGGGAGGAGAACAUGUCCCUGCCGCAGGACAUUGACUAUUUCUCUCUGCCGGUGUCGCUUUCCGACGAAGUUCGAGAGAUCCUGGACAGAGUUCGACCGAGCACACUGGGCGCUGCUACUCGCUUGGAAGGUAUAACUCCUGCUGCAGUCGUCAAUCUCCUCAACUAUGUGCGCGUCACAGAGAAAAAGAAGGAAACGCACAGAAACCAGCGACACCAGGAGGCGCAGAGAGAUGAGGAGCUGUGUGCAAACAGUGCCUCUUUACCUCAGUGAUGCAGUCUAAAAAUGACUCAAACUGUCUUGUGAAAAUGUAUUUAUUUCUGAGAAAUAAUUGAAACAAUAAAUUAGGUAUUUUAGAAAA